GUCAGGACCGGCAAAUUCGUUACUCCAUAAACUAAGGAAGGAGAUGCAACCGUUGCCCCCGCAGCCUCCGGUGGCCCGAAGUGUCUUCAGAUCUAUGAAAUUUUGGACCUGGUGAAGUUAUUUGGAAGUGUAAAGGUUAUGAAGGAUUGGUCGGACUUGGAGGAGAGGUAUCAAGACAUGAGACAGACGGAUCCACGUGGAGCUGAUGAGUUCAAGCAGAGGAUGACGCAGAGGUUUCAACAGACGGUGCAAGCGCUUGAAGAAGAGGGCGAUGCUGAGAAACAUCAGUUGGCAGCAAUGCAUCAGCAAAGAGUCCUAGCACAUAUUAAUCAAAGGAAGAAGGAGACCAUGACUUGUUAUACACAAGCAUUGAAUGAUGCGCCUCUCAAUACCCAUCGUGUGCAGAAAUGCCUGGAAAAACUGCUCCGUUCUCUUCACAAAGACCGAGCUCAUGCUAUUAACCACUACCGCCAUCUGUUGGCAAGUAGUUUGGAGGCGGCAGCUCGUGAACAACCGCGCAUUCUCGAACGUUUAACAGACAUUGAUCGUACGGUUAAUCAAAGCAUGCAAAUGUUAAAAAGAUAUCCAGAAUUGGCGACGAAAAUCGGUCAAUUAAUGGAUGAUUACAUCCAAGCUUUGAGAUCAAAAGAUGAAACACCUGGAUCACUUCUAGCGAUGACAACUGAAGCUGAAGCUGCGAUUUUGGAUAAAUAUAAAUCAGAAGUUACAAAUAAACAAGCAGAGAGAGAACGACAAAGGUUGCAAGAGAAGGAGAGGAAGGAACAGAGGAAGAAAGAACGGUCGGAAUUAAGGGAGGAGAAGAAGAGAGUUGAGGCUGUUUUAGGGAAGAAGAUUAGCAAUUUUGAUGAUGAAGACAUGGAAGAUGAGUCGUUGCCAGAAGAAAGGACAACAAUAAUUUCGACCACCGGGAGCUCAACUUUCGACCUUGUGAGCAACUCCAUCCCUACCGCAAGCCACCGCGACGCCGUCGACGACGCCGCCGUCCAGCAAGCCGUCGAAGACGUCGCCGCCGUGGUCCACAAACAAGACGUGAUCCGAGUCGCCCAUGCAAUGGCGCAUGACAUCAGCCAUGGCGAGCCUACUUAUUCAGUCCGACGUGAGGUGUACGGCAGCAAAGACGGCAAAAGUGUUUACUUCACUCUCGCCUUCGCCGGCAUGGGGCUGAUGGCCGCCGUGGUGGUGGGGGUGGGGGUGGCACGGCGCAGGUCCGCACGCUCCCCCCAAAGCCAAGGCUUCGUGGAGGUGGACCAGGCCGCCACCCCCGAGGAGCGGCACGUGGCCAAUAUGCAAAUCAAUGGCUACGAAAAUCCCACCUACAAAUAUUUCGAAGUCAAGGAGUAAUAAACGAUUUGGUUGCGUUUGGUUGGUUAGGUUGGUAUUUUUUACGUCAUUCCAUUCGUUUUAUUACAGUGUACUUAACUAAGCAACUGAUAAUAAUAAUUCGGACAUAUGCAAAAACGUAUUUUCCAAGUCUAAAAAUUAUGAAAUAAGUAAUAAUUUUUGCAUAUGACAGCCAGUCCAUGUUUUACACUUAUUGUAUAAUCUUAAGGCGAGCUGUGGAGUUACAUUGCCUUGGUGUAAUUUUACAGUGGAAGAGUGUAGCUAGAUGUAUGGUACCCUCCAUAAUAUGUGACAGCGUUUCUCUCUUAAGGCCUACGUUUCAAACUUUCAAUAAUGCAGCUAGAGAUUGAACUCAAAAUGACUGAGCUACUAGAAAUUGGCGCCAAUUUUAAAUUAUUUAUGACGUAUGGCAAUUUUCUGGCAAAAUUUUCGUUUUCCUAACUUGAAAAAUUGUCAAAAAGCCGUCAGGUUGGCAUUACCAUAAGUAAUUUUUUGUUGUUAAAGUUGGUACUUUUUUUACUGUACUACAGUGACCUGAUUUUUUUGUACAAAAUACAAAAUACGAAAAUAACUUUAAAAAUUACAGACAUGUUUCUCGUAUAGUCUGUCAUACUUUUGACAAUUGUCAAAACAUGACUGAUCAGUUUCUUUUUGAUAAUUAAAUGUUUGAAGAGCCUUCUAGAAUUUACAAAACUGUCAACUGUCAAAAUUCAAGGCUAGUAUGUUUUUUUAAAAUGGGACGGCCAUAUUUUUUAACGGCAAUAGAACUAAAGUUGACAUUUAUGGUAAUUUUUAUCAUCACGUUCUAUACCUAUCUCAGUUUUUGAAAAAAAUCACGAGAAACGGAUUUUUUAUAUCAUUACUAUAAUCAUUUUUUGAUUAUCUUUUUAAAAUAAUAAAAAAAAUCAUAGUAACUUUGCAAUUUGACAGUUGACAAGUUUGAAAAUUUUGGAAGAUUGUUUAAUCGUUUGGUAACAAAUCUAAGAAGAAUUGUGAUGUUCUGAAUGAGAAAAAAAUUGACAUAUGUCAAAACUCUGACAGAUAUGUGCAAAGUUGGCGCCAUUUUGGAUCAAAUUUAUUGGUUGGAUCAGUGUGUGUGCAAAAUAAUAAGUUUAAAGUUUGUGAUGUAGGCCCUAGAAGAGUCGCCCUGUACUUAAUUAGAAUAUAACAAGUGCAUGUUCAACCAACAAGCUUUUUGUACAAAGUCUUUUUACUUUUUACCAGCUUGCAAUCACCCGAAUUUGGCACAAUCCGAACACUUGUAUGUUUUUUGUUUGAGACAAAACGAAAGAAAUGCAAGUGUUCAUCACGACGAGACGUAUUUUCACGUUGUCGAAAGCUUGAUGAACAAUUGUAGAUAACACAAAUCAUAGAAUUUGUACAAAAGUUGUUGCGUACAUUCUUUUUUUUAAAUAUUGCGCGACAAUGAGGCUUCUGACAGCUUAAUGUGUACAGUCUAGAAUACAAAAAAAAAACAACCAACAACUUUGUCUUACUUUCUCCCGUCUUGUAGGUUUUCAAAAACUAGAUAUGCGAAUGUAAAAUUGAUAAAAGCGUGUUUGAUGUGCAUAUAGUUUAAUACUCGAUUAGAAUUAUUUUUCAAAACCUGUUUCAUAUAAGAAUUAUUGUAUUAUAUUUCUUUUCUACGCGUUUUAUUAGUACGUUUCUCCUCAUCCUGAAGUAACUAGACUAGUUUAGCAUACUUGAUAGUUAAUUAUAUGUUUUGUGGCCAUGUAAUUUUAAAUUUAAUGUAAUAAAGAACUAAAUUAUUA